AUGAUUGAUCUAGUGGUAAUAUCAAAAAACCAAACCGAGCUGCAGAACAUGAUGGACAGAAUCGUCGAAAUGGGUAGAAGAUACGGAACGGAAAUCAGCAUCAACAAAUUGGAAGUGAUAAGAGUAUCAAAACGAGAUGAUACUCUAAAGAUAACAGUAGAAAAUCAAAAAUUGGAAGACGUUGAUCAUUUCAAAUAUUUAGGAAGCAUUCUGACCAGAAACGAAUACAGCACGAGAAACAUCAGGACAAAGAUCGCAAGCGCCAAGGCUGCAUCAGUACGGGCAAGCGCUUUGAAAGCCUUGCUCCCGUUAUAUGAGAACUAUAAAUUAGCAAGCAAAUUAACAUUGUUCACUCAAAAAUAUCAACAAAGACUUGUUAGAUUAUCUUGGGACAAGAGCCGAUGCAAUCAAGAGAUUGCAAUAAAGCUUGUCACGGCUAUGUUCAGGUCCUAUCCGUACUUAUUCACUAGGAAAGACUUGAACACGGUUUCAAGUUUGAUGUUCUCUCCAAAUCGAAAGGUUGCAGUGACAGCAGGCACAUUUUUUCAUCAUGUCUGUUUAAGAUUGGAUGAAGAUUCAAAUGGGGCCGGGUUUGGGGUUCGAUGGUUCAGAUAUGUUUCAACUUUCAUCAGUGAAUUGAAAGGUUUAAAUUUUAUUUCAUAUCUAGUGGAUGCCCUAGUUGGAAACAUUGAGAUAAUGAAAGAUUGGAAUUCGAUGAUACAUAUUUUAACUCAAGAAAAUGAUGAUCCUUUGACCCCAAUCCCCCAACCUCAAGAAAUUUUAAUUGAAAUUAUGUUCUGUGUGCAAGUCUUUCAAGUACUGGUCCCAAGUUUAAAACAAAGAAAACAAAUGAAGGAAGAAAAAUUAAAUAUCACAAAACAUCUAAUGCCUGUGAUAGCAAUUCUGUUGGCUCGCUUCAAAACCAAUGUGAAUUGUAUUAUUCAUUUGAUCAGAAUACCUCAAUAUUUUGACUUCGAAAAUACAAGCAAGAUGGAAGAUCUGCAUUUAAGGAAUUUAUUGGGCGCUCUGCAAGUCAUCGCCCAGGAUUCUGCAGACACAAUAGUGUUGGACAACUGCAGCAAGACUUUGCAUUGCCUUUAUAAAAGGGCAAGAAGCAUUGUUGCAGAUUGCGAUGCCGCCAUAUCGACCAUUGUCGACGAAUGCGCAUUUGGAUCGAUAUACUGCCUACUUUCCUACGGCACAUAUUUAUCUUGGGAAUUGAUGGAAGUAAAAGAUAUGGAUCUAAAUAAUAUGGUACUCAAUGCUAUGGCUUGUAUGAAACGAGCCGAUAUAUUAGAGUUAAAAUUGAAAAAUUAUAUUGAAAUCUGCAAGGACAUCGUAAAAAAUGUCACUCAUGAUGAUCUGCAACAAGCUGCCUUGAUUGCAAUAUGUUCUUUAGCCGCGAAUUUCAACCGAGAACUGGCCGACCAUCAAAACCCAAUAAUACACGACUUAGUUUUAAAACUCAGCUCGGAUGACAUGAAGCUAAUAAAAAAGUAUGCAGAAGAGUAUGUUUUCACAAAACAUUGGACAGGAAGACACGAAGAACAUGAGAUUCAAAUAAGCAAACGUCGUGAAGUGUUGGAGCGUUUUUGUAAACUUGUUCAAUUUAAUAUUAUACCAGCUAAUAAAGCAUACUUUGUUUUAAAGCAUUGUGUGAAGUAUGACAUGAAUGCUGUCGGAAUUAUCUUCAAGAAAAUUCAAAUAAAUUUGCUCCCGGACAACAGAAUUAUAGACCGAGGCAGGAAUGAAAAUAGCAGCGGCCAGGAAAAAGAAGGCCAAGACCGUGGCAGCAAAAACAAUGGCAGCGGCCGAAUAACUUCUACUACCGUGGCCGCGACAUUUCAACAAGAAAACUUGUACAAAUUUCUAUGUUCCUUUGCAAUUAUUAAGUUUGGCUACGGUCCUAGUUUUAAUUCAGUGGAAGCUGAAUACAUACGAAUAAAACCUACAACUGUCUACAACAAAAUUAAAACUCAGCAAACAAAAUAG